AUGGACGUCAAGGAGCCGCUACUCCCGUCGGAACCUCCACCGUCGUAUGAAGAUGCACGAAAGUCACCACUAGCACACAACAGAUCAGCAUCACAAGCCAGGAGACCACCACCAGGUCCUCCUCCUCCGCUGAACUUGCCCGCAUUGAAUGAGUUGAGAGGAUCCAGAGUUGUGCUUGCGAGCGCAUCACCAAGGCGGAGACAACUUCUAGCACAGGUCGGGUUGACAAAGAUCGAUGUAGUCCCCUCCAAGUUCGCAGAGAACUUAGACCACUCUCUCGGCGCCCUGAACUACGUGCUCCAAACCGCAUCCGCCAAAGCGCACGAUGUCUACAGAACGGAGAUCAACAAUGCAGAGAGGGGUGAACCGGGAAUCUUGAUCGCUGCAGAUACAAUAAUAGUAUCACACGAUGGACGGAUACUGGAGAAGCCACGGAGCGAGGCGGACCAUCUGUCCAUGUUGAAGAUGCUGAGAGAUCAGGGCGAGCACAAGGUCAUGACGGCUGUUGCGGUGAUGCGACCGUUGGAAUCGGCUGUCGAGCCUGGCUAUGCGAUGGAAACCCAUGUUGAGGAGACGACGGUCCGAUUUGAUCCUACUGUUACCGACGAACUUAUCCUCGCAUACGUCAAAACACGCGACGGCAAUGACAAAGCAGGCGGCUACGGCAUUCAGUCUGGCGGGUCCAUACUCAUCGAGCGUAUAGAAGGAUCGUAUGAUAAUGUUGUUGGGCUACCGCUACGGGCUACUUUGAAGCUCAUUGAGAAGGUCAUGGUGCCCGAGGAAGAACAAGGGGACGACUUCUUUGUGGAUAGCACAGAGGGCGAUGAAUAA